CAGUACUCUCAAAAACCGUCACGUUUACACACUCGAAAACACGCUCGAGACCGAAACACCUCCAUUGAUGGCCGCUUUACAAGCUUCCUCUCUCUUGCUUCCUUCUUCUUCCUCCUCCUCGGCUCGUGCUUCAAAGGGAACGGUCACGGCUUCGACCCGAGCCCCGAAGUUCCCUAACCUCCGCAUCUCUGAUCCUAGCUCUGUAAUGACGCAGAAGCUAGUCGAGGAGUUUAGCAACCGGAAUGGUUACCCCAUCACGGAGGUCGUGGAGGAAGUCAAGCUUUCCGAGCCGCGCCGAUCGGCUACUGCUUCUGUCAAAACGAGUGCGAAGAUCUACGCAAUCCUGGAGGCUGUCGAGGAUAGGGUGGAGAUGCACGAGAACAUCGGCAAGCAGCGGGACAACUGGAACAAGCUCCUGCUGAACUCGGUGAACACGAUGACACUCACCGCCACCACCACGGCGGCGAUCUCGGCUGCCAUGCCGACUCCAUCGCUCCGAGCGUGCUCCGCUCUCUUAUUUGCAGCUGCCACUGGGAUGUCGCUCGUCAUGAGCAAAAUCCAGCCAUCGCAGCUGGCUGAAGAGCAACGCAAUGCCUCGAGGCUGUUCAAGCAGCUCCGGAGCGAGAUCAAGUCAAUGCUAGUGCUCAAAUCUCCGACUGAGUCAGACGUGAAGGAAACAUUGGAGAAGGUAUUGGCGCUCGAUAGAGCUUAUCCUCUGGCUUUGGUCGGAGCAAUGAUCGAAAAGUUCCCCGUCAAAUUCAAGCCUGCCGUGUGGUGGCCUAGGUUUUCCGACAACCGCCGCCAAUCACAAGAGCGCAAAACCUUUAUGAACGCGGAGCGAAAUGGAUGGAGCGAGGAGCUGGAAGUGGAGAUGAGAGCAAUCGUCCAAGUCCUCAAGGGCAAAGACAAGCAAGACUACUUAAGGCUCGGAAAUUUGGCUCUAAAGUUGAAUAAGAUGUUGGCGGUUUCGGGUCCUUUACUCACCGGCAUUGCCGCCGCCAGCUCAGCAUUCGGUGUCUCAAUGGCCAUGACGGUGGCAGCCGUCGCCGGCGCGAUGGCGGCGAUCGUCAAUGGCUUCGAGCACGGAGGACAAGUCGGCAUGGUCGUGGAGAUGUACAGAAACAGCACGGGGUUCUUCCAGCUCAUGGAAGAGACGAUCGAAGCGGCGCUCGAAGAGAGAGACUACGAGAAGCGGGAGAACGGAGAGAUGUUCGAGAUGAAGGUGGCAAUGAAGCUGGGAAGGAGCUUGUCGCAGCUUCGAGACUUGGCAAGAAAAUCAAUGGCUUCUUGCUUAGAGGGCGUUAAGGUGGACGAAUUCGGAAGCAAGCUCUUCUGAAACUCUCUUUCGAAAAAGAUAGAGGGUAAAUGAUGUGCAUGCACAAGUUAGGCUCAUUAACAUGAUUCUUUCAUUCCUUAAUUCUUGGCACAUGUUUUGUGCACAUGAUGUAACAAAGAGAAAGGAGCAUAAAAUGCUCAUCUUGGUUUGAUUUUGUAUUAACUAAAUUAAAACUUGUCCGUUGAA